AGCAUCUAAUAAUGCUUUUAAAUUACACACACAAAAGAAGAAGAAAAAAGAAAGCCUUUUCUUUCGAUUUAGUACUUGUUUUUUCACAGAUCCACAUAUAAACCCACACGUACAAGAUGGCAGAUGUCUUUUUUGCCUUAGACACAUCAACAUCAUCUUUAUAAAUUACUCACCCUCAUCCUUAAUUUCUUUCAAGUUCUCAUCAUCUUCUUAGUCAUUAAUCCAAUCAAUCACAUUUUAGUCACCAAUUUCAGCUCUACUGUUCUCCUUAAAACACACAGUCACACACUGUGAGGUAACAUAAAAAAAAACAAAAAAAAAAAAAAACCCACCAAUGCUGAAUUGCAGAUAACCCCGCCAAUCAACAGUGAUUUGUUGUUCUCCCCAAGUAAUUCCGUUGCAAAGAGUCGCGGGUUUUGAACUCCUAACCGACGUGAAGGGAUGGCGGAGAAAACCAACGGCGUAUACGUGGAGGUGGCCGGCGAUGGGGAGGAGGAGAAGCCCAAAGAUUCUUACUUUAAAGCUCAGCGGAGCUUCCAAGAAGGAACUGAAGGAGGUAUCACUCUUUACACCAUCUUUAACCGCCUGAUCGCUGCGGUUUUGGCCUCCGACUCGCCUGAUCCUCUGUUUCAAAGAACCAAAAUUGCCGUGGCUCAGAAUAUUCCUCUGCUUCGUUCUGCUUCUAAGAAUACUGCUCACAACGUCCUCCUCUGGACUCGCCAUGGCAGCCCCCUCCGAGCCCUCCUCGUCGUUUCUGUUGGAACGAUUGCUCUUCUCGCCUUGACUGGAUUUAUGGUUUUUAUGAUUUUCUUUGCUGCUGCAACGAUAAAUGCUAUCGUGAUAUCCCUGCUUGUUUCCUUAGCCGCAGCUGGAGGCUUCUUGGCUCUUUUCUUUGCUUUUCUUACAGCCAUAUAUAUUGGUGCACUAUCGGUUGCAUUGUUUGUCAUUUCGGUAACUACUAUUUCAGCAAUUAUUGCUGCUCUUGUUACUACAGGUAUGCCUCUCUCUUAUUCUCAUCCAAACUCACAUAUAUGCAUGCUGCUUCUUCUCUGUUUCGCUUUCGAAUUUAUGAUUUCUUUUAUGAGCUUAAUUUCCUAAACCCAGCUGUCACUCACCGUAGUUUCUUAUGAUGGUGUGAAUUAAGUACCGAUACUCACCGACACAACUUAAAUCAACCACAUUGUUAAAACUGUCAAGGAUGUUUACUGUCAAAAGAGCUCUUUAAUUUCCUUUGAGCUCCAUGAUGAUUUGGUCUCCAAAAUGUAAAGCCACUAAGAUGUUUAGACAGUGUUUCAACAAUUUGAUUAUCUAAACAUUUCUAAACUCAAGUUUGAAUAUUGCUAACUCUGCCUCGAAAAUACUGUUGGAGUUUGUCUGCUGGAUAGUAAUUGUGAUUAUAUCUUCAAUCUUUUUUUGGAAUCAGGAUGGAUUGGGUUCUUCUACACCAUAUGGCUGGCAACUCAAAAGGGAUUUGGUCUAGCAAAGCAGUCCUUAAGCAUGACAGGGUCAGUGGUUUCUGCUUAUUCCACCGCUAAAUUUGCCCGACGCCAUCACGAAUCAAGCAACUAGUCGUUUAUUUGUGCUGCACUGGGGUGCCCUAAAUUUUUGCAUUGGUAAUAAGUAAUCCAAAUGUGUAUGUACAGUACAAAUAAUGGUUUGUUGCUAAGUUUCUUCUUCUUUGUAUAAUAAUAGAGUGUGCUCCUUUUCUAGUACCCUUUCCACACUUUUUGUCAAUAGUUUUGGUGGUUUUUGUGCAAGGAUGAUGAUACUGUAAGAAUGAUGCUGCUGUAAAAGCUGAUCUUUUAUGUAUCUGCUAUGCUCAUCUGGUGCUACCUUAAUGGAUUUUUGUUUUCUAUUUUUU